UCUUCUCCAAUUUGGUGCCUUCCCUACAGAGACGCCUAUGAAUCGGAACAGCAGGUCAUGGAGUUGCGGAACAAGAUCUACAAAAUCAAAUUAGACACCAGAAACAAAUUGGGGUUAGAGGAGGAAGACAAGGAGCUGCACGAGGUGAAGAUGGCAGAGGAGCACUCCAAAUUGGAGAUGGAUAAAGUCAUGGAGAUGACAGAGGUGGAGACCAAAUGUGAGAUAGAGGAAGGCAAGCUGAUAACAGAGGCGGAGUCCAAAUUGGAGGAGGGAGGCAUCGAGAUGGCAGGGGCGGAUACCAAAUUGGAGAUAGUGGAAGCCAAGGAGAUGGCAGCAGGGAGCAACUCAGAGAUAGAAGAAGAACCCGAUGAGAUGUUGGAGGCGCUGACGGUGCUUUCCACGGACAUGGAGGAUCUCUUUGCUCGGUACCGUGAUGGUUGGGAGUCGUUGUGGUCCAGCAAGGUUGAUCGCUUUGGUAGCUUCGUCGACACGACCUCAUUGAGUCCCAUGCACUUUACACACUGCACAUCAGGACACCUUCCACAUUCUGCUGUGGUCGCCAACACCUUGCAGGUCUACUCCAUCAAAGUUGAAGAAAUUAAUGAAGCUCUUGAAUUGAAGUGGCCACUUCACGUGUAUGGAGUGGUUGCCGCUCGAGAUACUGUUGAUCGUAACCGUAACCUCAUUUUCCUUCGUCAAAGAUACAACUGCCAAACCCUCACCCAAAAGCAACCUUUUUUGCAUCUGACUGGCCCGUCUCGUGCAAUUGUGGCCAUAGACCCUGUUAACUUCGAGAUUGAACUAAAAGUAAGGGGCAGAACGGAGUCUGAAGAUAGAGUGUUGAUGAGUCAAGCCUUUCACUACAGUGGCAAUUUAUGUGGUUCAGAUGCCACUCUGUCGAAUGACUUAUGCAAAAUUGUGCUGGACUUUGAGGAACUUCAACAGACAGUUCAGGCCACUAUUGUUGGCGUCCAUGUUGUUAAGGGGAAGCCUUUCGAACAUGGCUGCCGAGUUAUCUGUGUUGCGGAGCCACCAUCCAAGCCAGUUGAGCUUCAACAUAAAGUUUCCAAGUCAGUUGUGCUUCGAGAUAGAAUGGCCGCUACCCAGUCAGAUUGCCAUAUUAGUCUGUCAAGGCAUGUUGUUUCUGUACAAUUACACGGAAUGCUGAAAGUUGUCAUAUUUACCUACUCAUCAACUGGUCAUAAGGAAACAGCACGUGGUCGUGUCUUCUUCACAGCCAGAGAAUGCAAAACAAGUUGGGGCAGAUGUGAUCUUGGCCACUCUACGGUUGAGGUUACCGUUGCUUGGUCUCGCCUUGUUCGAGACAAACUGUCCCUCUUGAGCGAGGGAGAGCUUUGAUGGUGCUCAAGCCUGAACUUUACUACUACCCUUUGCCAGUUGAGUGCUUUCUAACUCUAGACUUUCGAGGGUAACGAUUGAUGCUUUGUGUAUUGGCUAUAAAUUGCAUCAUCUGAACCUGUCGAUUAUUGUAUGACUAGCUGUUUUUGGCAUACAUGGUUAUGUGCUGAAGAGAAUUAUGUUUAGCGUGGGUUAAUUGUAUGAGAUGAUUAUGUAUAUGUUCGUUUCUAUUGCUCAAAUUUAUUUCGGAACCUCUU